UUCUGUUUUCUAUAGUUCCAAGUCCUAAAAUCGUCGAAGGUAGUUCAAUUUGUUCAACAGCUAUUUCCUAUUCUGAAAACAAAUAAUUUUGUUGCAUUUGUACUUUCGAUUAAAAGAACCAUUAUGGCUAGCUUGGGUAUUGCGGAAAUGUCUGCUAUACGUUUACUAAAGCAACCCUUCACACAGCAAAUAAAGCAGAUACAUGUAUCAUCUGCUUUAACAGCUAGCGAUGGGGGUGCUGUAGAUAAAACGCCAAGGAUCAAGACCGUUCAAGUAUAUAGAUGGAAUCCAGAAACACCCGAAGUCAAGCCAAAAAUGCAAGACUACAAGGUUGAUCUGAAUUCUUGUGGCCCUAUGGUUUUGGAUGUGUUGAUCAAAAUCAAAAACUCUGAGGAUUCAACAUUGACAUUUAGACGUUCUUGCCGUGAAGGUAUUUGUGGCUCUUGUGCUAUGAACAUUGGGGGAGUCAAUACCUUAGCUUGCAUUAGUGGUGUCAACACUGAUUUGUCAAAACCAUUGAAAAUAUAUCCAUUACCUCAUAUGUAUGUUGUCAAGGACUUAGUCCCAGAUAUGAAGUUGUUUUAUAAACAGUAUGCUUCUAUUGAACCAUGGUUGCAUACUGAUGUCACACCAGCCAACAAUAAAGAACAUUUGCAACAUACAUACGAUAGAGAAAAACUUGAUGGUUUGUAUGAAUGUAUUUUGUGUGCAUGUUGUUCCACAUCAUGCCCUUCAUACUGGUGGAACUCUGAGAAAUAUCUUGGACCGGCUGUUCUUAUGCAGGCAUAUCGUUGGAUUAUCGACUCCAGAGAUAAAGCUACAGCAGAACGUUUGGAUAAAAUGAGAGACCCUUUCUCAGUAUUUCGUUGUCACACAAUUAUGAAUUGCACUAAAACAUGCCCAAAGGGUUUGAAUCCUGGUAGAGCUAUUGCACGCAUCAAGAGUCUACUUUCUGGAGUUACCGACAAGGAAGAACCUAAAGCUAUCAAACAAUAAAAGAAUACUCAAUAGUAUUAAAAUUUUCAGUAGUAUUUUUCAAACUUUGAAAAUUAAAUAUUAACCAAAAUUCUGGUACCAAAGUAUUUUAACUUACUAUUAUGUGGAUUAUAGAUUCAAAAGUUGAUGUCUGCUACUUUAUUGUUAAAAAUAAAAUUCUAUUAUUAUUAUUCAA